CGGUUUUCAGCGCCUUGUCGCUGACCUCAACCCGAGAACCACCCGCACUGCUUCACCAACGACACCACCACCAGAAUAUCCGCGUCUGUAGCCCCACGCUCACUCUGCGCCUCUCCAAAAUGCCGGGUAUCUCAUCUUCUCUCUACAACAUCUUCCUCCGAAGAAACACGGUCAUGCUGGGCACUGUCUUUGCUGCCGCCUUCGGUCUGCAAUUGGCUUUCGACGCUGGCUCCGACAGGAUAUGGGAUGCCAUCAACAAGGGCCGGCAAUGGAAGGACAUUAAGCAUCGCUAUGUCGAAGCGCCGGAGGAAGAAUGAUGGAAUGGACGGGUAUGGGCAUGUCAUGAAGCGGAUGGCAAUGGCUGGGCUGCACACUGUAUAAUGGUGUAAACUACAGCGAUCACAAUACCAAGGCGGCUUUCCUGACUAU